AUGAAUUUGUCUCCAAUGAAGAGGAGGUCUACUACAUGUUUUCCCUCAAAAACAAGUCUCUGCUCUCAAGGAUUGUUCUGAACCAAACUGACUACACAAGGCAGAGAUACACAUGGAGUGAGGAAACUCGAACAUGGAAGCUUUUGACAUUCGUACCUAACGAGUACUGUGACAAAUAUGGGCUUUGUGGUACAAAUGGGAAUUGUGACAGUACUCAACUUCCAGCCUGCCAAUGUUUGAAAGGAUUCAAGCCUAAAUCACCAGGUGGAUGGAGCUCUGGCGACUGGUCUCAAGGAUGUGUCAGAAACAAACCAUUGAACUGCCAGGCAGGUGAUGGAUUUAUCCAAUUUGGAACAUUGAAACUGCCUGAUGCUACCCAUUCAUGGGUAAACAAAACUAUGAGCCUCAAGGAAUGCAGGGGAAAAUGCUUACAGAACUGUUCUUGUAUGGCAUAUACUAGUUUGGAUAUAAGAGGAAGAGGUAGUGGCUGUGUCAUUUGGUUUGGUGAUCUAGUUGAUAUUAGACAGUUUCAAUUUGGGGGGCAGGAUCUGUUCAUUAGGAUGUCUGCUUUGGAAUUAGGUUAUGGUAAGAAGCAAGUAGUGAUUAUUGUCAUCUCUGUAAUGUUGACUGGAAUGGUUGUCAUUGGAUUAUUAUGCUACAUAUGGAUCAAGAGACGGAGGAAGCAAGGAGGAGGUGAAAAUGAGGAGAUGGAGUUACCAAUAUUUGAUUUAACGACUAUUGUGAAAGCAACAGACAACUUUUCAAGUGACAACAUGCUAGGACAAGGUGGCUUUGGACCUGUUUACAAGAUUAUGUUUGGUAAAGUUGGUGUGAUGUCCUUUUGAACUUCAAAAACUCCAACUGCAUCAAACACUAUAAUUUAUGAAAAAUGUUACAAAUUUUCAUAAGUUAGUAUUUUAUUAAUUUCAGUGUAAAUCUCAGAAGCACCGAAUUAAUAUUUUUGUAUGAAUUUCUCAUUUGGAUUUUAAUAAAAUUAAUAUAUUAUU